AUGAGACUUUCUAUAAUCUUCGCUGGCCUCUUGCCUCUGGUCCUCGCUAGUGUCAUCCCCGAGGUCGAUGUUUCUGUUGAAGUUGCACCUGAACUCGACGCUCGUGGCGACAGUGGUUGUUAUCCAUUCNNCAAGCACCUAGAUGCUGUAUCAGCUACGCUGUUUGUCAAUGCAAAGAUGGCUUAUCAGUUCAACAAGGACCAAGGAGGUUGCCAGCCUCCAUGGGGAUUCCUCGCCAACAGCGUUACUCAACUCCCCGGUUACUGCUGCUAG